ACAGGCCGGAUGACGCAAAGCAAGUUUUUCUGCAUGGCAUAAAACGCCGAGCGCGGCCUGUCGAACGGCUGAAGAAACGAUACGCAGAGUUCCAAGCUCGCGCCUCAGCCAAGCAGCCUCCGCCGACUCGCACAUCUACGUCAUCUACACCUCUUCCUUCGUCUCAAGCUUGGAAAAGUGCGACUGCAGAAGCGCGAGCCAUCCGCCGAGACCCACUCAAGAACUUCAAGCCGAAAAGUAUUUCGUCUUCAGCAGGACUCCCCGCUGCGUCAACCUCCGCUUCCGUUCCAGGCUCCACUUCCACCACUGCUGCAGCACCACCGCUUAGCGAAGUCCCUCCAUCUCUCGCAAAUCACCCUGCUCUCACCAAACAUGGUCACCAACGCUACCUGCCUAUGCUCAUUCCGGCUCCACCGGGCAAACGCCCUGAGAAGCUGCGAUUCAAUCUCUCUUCCCUCUUUGCCGAAGAUGGCAUGGAGUACAGCGUACAAGAGGCGCGCUCACGUUCUAUGGGUCUGCUCAGCAAAAAGUGGGCCCCGCCCCCUCCCUCUGAGUUGCAACGCUUUGCCUCCUCGACCUCGACCACCGCCUCCCUCCAGUCUAGCGGCGGCAGCAAUGCACCAGGGAAUAAGGCCACUCGAAACCCCACGAUAACCCGCAAGGGCGGCUUUGGUGGGGGCUACGCUGAGCCGACAGUCACGCUCGCGACGAAGGAGGCGUUGGCAGACGUGUUCGGGAUGUACAACUCCCCAGAGAGGAGCAUGCGCUUUGGCCCGGCAGCGGGCAGCAAGUAUGCGCCGGUGCAUAAGGUUGACCCCAUCACGCCUAUUGGCGGAGGGAGCUUGCAUUCUGCGCUCGCGGCGGCCAAGAAAGCGGAUGAGAACGCAAACACGAAGACUCCGAUACCUGUAUUCAGGGAUGAGAAUGCGAAUGUGGGGAGGAACGCGAAGGAGAAUGGUCUCACGCCUGUUGCCCCGAAGGUGAGUAUAUGCGUCAUAUCAUUCCCGCUAUGCGUUCUCGGUGGAUGUUACUCAUGUAUUGCGCACUAGUUCCAAGUCUUCGUUGAUUCAAGCAGCUCCCAGACUCCCGGUUCAGCUCGUGAAGGGCGACGUGCGCUGUCGGCCAAGGACCCUUCAACGCCAUCAUCUAAUGAGAAUUCCCGUGCAAACUUACGUGGCCGCCCUGCCGCCUCUGCUGCAGCCCCACUUGGUGCAGUGGCCGAAAUUGGGGAAGACGAGGACGAGCCUACUCCACCUGCGAGACAACAGGUCUUCUCCGUAUUCUCUGCGGCAGCAGCUGCAGAAAAUGACUCUGCCAGGCCCAAGUCUGGUUUGAAUAAGAAGGAUAUAUUUGUUGACGUGCCUACUCAAGCGUCGUCUUCAAAACCUUCUGCGGGACAGCCCUUUAGAGUCUUCAGUCGUCCACCUGCAGUGCCUCCUACAUCCAACGCCGCACCUUCCGCACCAUCAAGACUAAACGAGAAUGCUUCGCAACGCAAGCCAUUCACGCCCUUCAGAGACAUCUCAACCGCCGCCAGCCUACCUUCUUCUUCUGUGCCAUCACCCUCACGAUUGACGCCACCACCUCCAGCAGAGACCCCUGCUCCCCGCACGCCGUUUGGCGACCGCUCACACACACCACUGCAGGCACUUUCCUCUGCGUCAACAGAUUCCUCCGACGCCGACGGCAUCAUCGCGUACCAAACGCCUGUCGCAGGCGGCGAGCAGUACUACGAUGACGGCUCGACGCCGAGCUCCGACUUCGACGAUGUAGACGACACACAGUCGCCAGCCGGCGACGCCCGCGCUGUGCACAUGCACGCAGGCUACGCAGACGACGCGCUGAGCGAUGACGUCGACGAGCGCAUGCUCGGCGUGCGCACGCCCGCGGGCAGCGAUGCCGAGGAUGGCUACCAGUACGAGUACGAGUACUACGAGGAGGAGGAGGAGCAACAGCCUGGCUCCGGGCGGAUGCACCAGGGCAGACUCGGCAAGCUGAACCUCAUGACGCCCAUCACUGAGCGCACGCUGGAAUACGCAAACAUCCACACGCUGAACGCGCGCAGCACUGCCGGGAGUGUAGCGAGUGUUAGUGGGAAAGUGUUCAGUAUUGCGGAGGAAACGGCAAGGGAGAGCGCCGACAUGCUUGCCGCUGAGUUGCGCGAGGACGAAGAGCUUAGCGGCGGGUUGCCCCAGAAGUACGAUGCUAUGCGGGAGGAGAAGCACAUGGAGGAGCGAACGGGUACACUCAGCCUCAUGGAUGCUCUCACGCGUGCCUCUGCGUUCAUUCCGCCUAACCCGUGCAACCCUUUCGAGAGCCCUAUCAUCACCUCCCUACUCUCCGUCCUCCCGGCCGACCUUGCCUUCCACGACCUCCGUGCAUACGAGUCGGGACGGCUCGACGCCCUGCAGAAGUUUGCGCGCAAGAAAGAGAGGCGAAGCAGCGGGAACAGCUCGCGGAAUAGCAACAGCGGUGCUGAGCAGCGCUCGCUGCGCAUAGAGCUCGAGGACCAAAAGUACGACAUCCUCUCGAAACUCGGCGAGGGCGGCUUCGGCACGGUCUUCGAGGCCAUCGACGUCGGCGCCGCAGCGCUUAAGAAAGGUCGCAGCAUGGACGACGGCUCCGACGACGACUUCAGCGACGGCGACGAGGACGAGGACGAGAUCCCCAAGGUCGCGCUCAAGGUCGUGAAGCCGCGCAGCAUCUGGGAGUUCCACGUCCUGCGGCGCAUCCACGCGACACUCUCGCCCGUGCUCCGACGGAGCAUCGUCACGCCUGCAGCGCUGUACGCCUACAAGGACGAGUCCUUCCUCGUACUCGAGCUGCGCAGGCAGGGUACGCUCCUCGACAUCGUGAACCGCGCGCCCUCGGCGGGGAUCACCCAGCAGGGCGCGUGCCUCGACGAGCUCCUCGUGAUGUUUUUCGCCACCGAGCUCAUGCGCACGCUCGAGGGACUCCAUCGCUCGGGCUUCAUCCACGGCGACGUCAAGAUCGACAAUUGCCUGCUCCGGCUCGAGGACGUGCCCGGGGCCGCGUCGGCCUGGGCGGCGCAGUACGACCCCGCGGGCGAGGGCGGCUGGAGCUACAAGGGCGUGACGCUCAUCGAUUUUGGACGCACGAUCGAUACGAAGCUCUUUCCGUCCGGACAAACGUUUGUCGGCGACUGGGCAAUGGACGCGCGGGACUGCCUCGAGAUGCGCGAAGGCCGUCCGUGGACGUUCCAGACGGACUACUUCGGACUCGCAGGCAUCAUCUUCUGCAUGCUCUACGGCAAGUACAUCGAGGCGUCCAGCGUGGUAACCGCGGAUCCCGCGCCGGAUGGGACGGCACGCUACAAGCUCGCAACACCGUUCAAGCGGUACUGGCAAGGAGAGCUGUGGACACGGCUGUUUGACCUCCUGCUGAACCCGACUCUGGUGCGACCGAACGGAUCGUUGCCGCUGUAUGACGAGAUGGCGGAGUUGAGACGGGAGAUGGAGACGUGGUUGCAAGUCAACUGUAAUCGUGCGAGCAAUAGCCUCAAAGGGCUCUUGAAGAAGGUCGGGCUGUCCAUCCUGGGUGGUAAGGACGGUCGAUAGAGCACCAUUCUGACUCGCCCCGCACUUGUUUUCCUCAAAUUAUUUGUUUAUUUCUCCUGUAUGCAUGUGCUAUGAUACAAUAUGGCCUCUCCUGUGCCUCUCAUAAGGAUGGGCCGAACAUCAAAGCAAAUUGUUAAGGUAAUUACCAUGAGAAGACAGUGAUAUUACACGUGAAUUUAUUAUUGUACAAACCAGCGAAGUACGACAGCGUGAAUCGUCGUAAAUUUCCGUUACUGUUACCUUUGCGAUCGGCGUGUGUGAGGUCAGGGAGGGCCAAACUCAACCAGCGGUGUAGGCGGCAGGGCCUGCAACGACGUGGGAGUCAAGGAGCGACAGAUUAUACGAUGUGACGACCGGUACGGCAUCGGUCACCAGGACGAAGACAGUGCCGUUAACCAGGCUCGCGGUGUCAUUGCCGUAGAUGGCGCCGCCCGGCUGCCGCGUGUACGCGGUGAAGUUCGUGACGUUGAUCAACGGGGUGUACGUGACGUUCAGCUGAGAGAUCCAGGCGGCAAACUGGUGCAGAGUCACCU